AUGCCCAGAGAUCAAUGGUUUUUAGCCAGGAAGGAGGCAAGAGAAAAGGAGAUCGAAAUGAGAGAGAAGGAGCAAACGAUGAUUAUUGAUGAUUUUACGUAUUGGGAGGAGAAGGAAGCCUAUUUCGCUGAAAAAUACGCAAGUUUGAUUGGUGCGGAGCUUAAGAUUACGUUAGGAAAACCCGGAGACGAUGAACUGCCAAACGCUACGCCGUCAAGAGUUUUAAAUAGGAAACGCCGUUACCCAGAUGUAAAUUCGCGUGUUGCUACGCGUCGCAAGUUACAACAGCCAAACUCGACCAUCACUCCAGCUUUAACACGACCAACAGCAAGGGCCUCGAAACUACGUGAGAGAAGAACAACCACAAUCGCCGCUUCAGUAAUGGGCAGUUUCUAUGACGAAGGUGUGAGGAGAAGUGCCCGGAUUGCGAGGCCGCCAAGGAACCAUACUUUGCAUAAUAGGUCGUCAUCCAGGACUAGAGGUACUAGAAAAUGA